UUACUUCCCAGAGUCUCGCUCGCUUCAGCUCUCGUACUAAAUCUGCUGUUACUUAUCGACCAGAUAUCAAGAAAAUGGUGGCAUCUUCAGAACACGAACACCCCAAGAAGGCCCUUGGAUGGGCUGCCAGAGACACAUCUGGUGUCCUCUCUCCUUUCAAGUUCUCAAGAAGGGAAACCAGAGAGAAGGACGUGACGUUCAAAGUGCUGUUCUGCGGUAUAUGCCAUUCCGACCUUCAUAUGGUCAAGAACGAAUGGGGCAUCUCUACCUAUCCUCUUGUUCCCGGGCAUGAGAUUGUGGGUGAAGUGACAGAAGUGGGGAGCAAAGUGCAAAAAUUUAAAGUUGGAGACAAAGUUGGUGUUGGGUGCUUGGUAGGCUCAUGCAAAACUUGCGACAGCUGUGCUAACGAUUUGGAGAACUACUGCCCCAAACAGAUACAGACUUACGGCGCCAAGUACCUUGACGGAACAACCACAUACGGCGGUUACUCUGACAUCAUGGUGGCGGAUGAGGCCUUUGUAAUCCGUAUUCCGGACAACCUGCCUCUUGAGGGUGCUGCUCCUCUCCUAUGUGCCGGAAUCACAACUUACAGUCCCCUGAGGUAUUUCGGACUUGACAAACCCGGCAUGCAUGUCGGGGUGGUUGGCCUUGGCGGUUUAGGCCAUGUCGCGGUGAAGUUUGCCAAGGCUUUGGGGGUUAAUGUCACAGUGAUCAGUACCUCCGCUAAUAAGAAAGAUGAAGCUAUUAAACACCUUGGUGCUGAUUCUUUCUUGGUCAGUCGUGACCAAGAUCAGAUGCAGGCUGCCAUGGGAACAUUGGACGGUAUCAUCGACACAGUUUCCGCAGUCCACCCCCUCCCACCUUUGAUUAGUUUAUUGAAGGCUAAUGGAAAGCUUGUUAUGGUUGGAGCACCAGAGAAGCCACUUGAGCUACCAGUUUUUUCUUUAAUAAUGGGAAGGAAGACUUUAGCCGGUAGUAAUAUCGGAGGUAUCAAGGAGACACAAGAGAUGAUAGAUUUGGCAGCCAAACAAAACAUAACGGCCGACAUCGAGAUUAUCCCCAUCGACUAUUUGAACACUGCUAUGGAGCGUCUUGCUAAAGGGGAUGUUAGAUACCGUUUUGUCAUCGACAUCGGAAACACAUUGAAGCCGGCCACGCAUGAACUUGUUGGUGUUGUGACAGAAGUAGGGUGCAGAGUAAAGAAAUUCAAAGUCGGAGACAAGGUCGGUGUUGGUUACAUGGUGGAUUCUGAUCGAACUUGUGAUAAUUGUAUCCACCACCUUGAAAAUUACUGUCCCAAUCUGAUACAAACCUACAGUUCUAAGUACUACGACGGAACCAUGACAUACGGAGGUUACUCGAACAACAUGGUGACUGAUGAGCACUUCGUUGUUCGAAUCCCCGACAACUUACCUCUUGAUUGCGCUGCUCUGCUUCUAUGUGCCGGGAUUACAACAUACAGCCCCAUGAGAUAUUAUGGACUUGACAAACCCGGUAUGCAUCUUGGUGUGAAUGGCCUAGGCGGUUUAGGUCAUGUGGCCGUUAAAUUUGCCAAGGCUUUGGGGCUCAAGGCUGCCACGGCCACAAUGGAUGGUAUCAUCGACACAGUUCCUACAGUUCGACCUCUAGAGCCUCUAAUUAAGUUGUUGAAGACUAAUGGAAAAGUUGUUCCCGUUGGUAUAACGGCGAAGCCACUCGAUCUUCCGGUUCUCACUUUGGACAUGGGAAGGAAGAUGGUAGCCGGUAGUGCCAUUGGAGGUAUGAAAGAGACGCAGGAAGUGAUUGAUUUCGCUUCUGAACAUAACAUAACUGCUGAUAUUGAGGUUAUCCCCAUUGAUUACCUGAACACCGCCAUGGAGCGCGUUGUCAAGAAAGAUGUCAGAUUCGCACCCUACUUCGAAAAUCUCUCUCUAUCUAUCAAACUUGCUCCGAGUGCUGUACCAAGGUCAUCAAUUACUAAUUCGUGUUCGCUCUUAGUCUUUGCAUUGCUAGAACUUAUACCAAAGACGAAGAUGGUUAACUCAAGGAAAGGAAAGCAAAUGGAAUCGUCUCCGGAGCAGAAACACCCCAGGAAAGCAAUUGGAUGGGCUGCAAGAGAUACAUCUGGUGUUCUAUCUCCCUUUAAGUUCUCAAGAAGGGAAACAGGAGUAACGGACGUAAGAUUCAAAGUGUUGUACUGUGGAGUAUGCCAUUCGGACAUACACAUGGCCAAAAAUGAUUGGGGGACUUCUACCUAUCCUAUAGUACCUGGGCAUGAACUUGUUGGUGUAGUAACAGAAGUAGGAUGCAAAGUAAAGAAAUUCAAAGUUGGAGACAAGGUCGGUGUUGGUUGCAUGGUCGACUCAGACCGAACUUGCGAAAAUUGUAUCCAUCACCUAGAAAAUUACUGUCCGAAUCUGAUACAAACCUACGGUUCCAAAUACUACGACGGAACCAUGACAUACGGAGGUUACUCGAACAAUAUGGUGACUGAUGAGCACUUCAUUGUUCGAAUCCCCGACAACUUACCUCUUGAUGGCGCUGCUCCGCUUCUAUGUGCCGGGAUUACAACUUACAGCCCCAUGAGAUAUUAUGGACUUGACAAACCCGGUAUGCAUCUUGGUGUGAAUGGCCUAGGCGGUUUAGGUCACGUCGCCGUUAAAUUUGCCAAGGCUUUGGGGCUCAAGGUUACAGUCAUUAGUACCUCCCCUAAUAAGAAGGAGGCAGCUAUGGAACAUCUCCGCGCUGAUGCAUUCCUUCUUAGCACUGACCAAGAUCAGAUGGAGGCUGCCAUGAGCACAAUGGAUGGUAUCAUUGACACAGUUCCUGCAGUUCGACCUCUAGAGCCUUUGAUUACAUUGUUGAAGACUAAUGGAAAAGUUGUUACCGUUGGUAUAGCGGUGCAGCCCCUCGAUCUCCCAGUUUUCCCUUUGAUCCUAGGAAGGAAGAUGGUAGCUGGUAGUGCCAUUGGAGGUAUGGAAGAGACGCAAGAGAUGAUUGAUUUUGCUGCUGAACAUAACAUAACAGCUGACAUCGAGGUUAUCCCGAUUGAUUACCUGAACACCGCAAUGGAACGCGUUGUCAAAAAAGAUGUCAGGUUUCGAUUUGUCAUCGACGUUGAGAACACAUUGAAGUCCGCCUAAGUUUUUCAUUCAAUUCUGUUAAUAAGACUAUGCAUUAAUAUAUAUGACUGACUUUCCAUAGGAUGGAGUUAUCAGUCUUCAAAUUUCUAGACAUAUUUUGUGAUCAAAUAAAUGGAAUGGCUUUGUUUUCCUUUUCCAUUAAGAUUAGAUUUCAGUUGUAUUGUUUUUAAAGAGAUUGAUGUUUUUAUUAAUUGUAACAGUGUUAUCAAUCUAAUCAUGUAAAAAAUCUGUAAGAAAUAUCUACGUGAUUUCCUGUUAUAAUUACUGUCGAUUUUGGUCAAGUAAAGCUUAGCUAAUAUCAUACUUAAAUACCUUCAAGUCUGCAACAGACAG